AGAGGGAGGAGAGAGAAAUUACCCAUUGUUCAAAGAGAAAGGUAUUGAGUGAGAAUUUUAGAGGAAAGAGAGAGAGGGCGAGCUUCUGCCAUGGGAGAAGCAAGUGCAGAGAUGACCCUAGAGAGAGAAGAAGAGGAUGAAAUCUCUCCAAUAGAGCAGGUGAGACUAACAGUGACAACAACUGACGACCCUUCGUUGCCGGUGUGGACGUUCAGGAUGUGGUUUCUCGGUGUUCUCUCGUGCGCGGCCAUGUCCUUUCUGAACCAGUUCUUUGCUUAUAGAACAGAGCCUUUGGUUAUAACCCAGAUCUCAGUUCAGGUGGCUUCUUUACCAGCUGGCCAUUUUUUAGCCGCCGUUCUUCCUAAGAAGAAAUUCAGGCUUGGGGGCUCUGAGUAUUCUCUGAAUCCAGGGCCUUUCAAUAUGAAGGAGCAUGUGUUGAUCACCAUUUUUGCAAAUGCUGGUUAUGCUUUUGGUAGUGGAACGCCUUAUGCAGUGGGGAUUGUGAAUAUAAUCAAGGCCUUCUACAGGAGGAAGAUCUCUUUCAUUGCGAGCUGGCUCAUUAUAAUCACUACCCAGGUAUUGGGAUAUGGAUGGGCUGGUUUGUUGAGGAAGUACGUGGUGGAGCCCGCGCACAUGUGGUGGCCUAGCACUCUCGUGCAGGUCUCUGUUUUCAGGGCCUUACAUGAGAAAGAUGAUCGUCGUCUAUCGCGUGCAAAGUUCUUUGUGAUUGCUCUUGUGUGCAGCUUCUCUUACUAUGUGCUCCCUGGCUACCUCUUCUCCACCCUCACCACCAUCUCUUGGGUUUGUUGGGCCCACCCCAAGUCCAUCACAGCUCAACAACUGGGCUCAGGGCUCAAUGGCUUGGGUCUUGGUGCCUUCCCCCUUGAUUGGGCCGCUAUAGCUGCCUUCAUGUUCAGUCCACUUAUCUACCCCUUCUUUGCCAUUAUGAAUAUCUUCGUGGGCUAUGUAGUGAUAGUUUAUUUAGCCAUUCCCAUAGCUUAUUGGGGCUUUGAUCUUUAUGGGGCAAAGAAAUUCCCCAUUUUUUCUUCGGAUUUGUUCACUGCUGAUGGCCAACCAUAUAAUAUCACGGCCAUUGUGAAUGGUCAGUUCGAGCUCGAUGAGACUGCAUAUGCGCAACAAGGUCCGAUACAUUUGAGCAUGUUCUUUGCACUCACUUAUGGCUUUGGAUUCGCGACAAUUGCCUCCACAAUUACACAUGUGGCUCUGUUCUAUGGGAGGGAGAUAUGGCAGCGUAGCCGGGCAUCCAUCAGGAGCAAGCCUGAUAUGCAUACGAGAUUGAUGAAAAAUUAUGCUGAUAUCCCCCAGUGGUGGUUCUAUGCACUCAUGGCUGCCACCGUCGCGAUUUCUCUGUUCCUUUGCAUCGUACUUAAGCAUGAAGUUCAGCUUCCAUGGUGGGGAAUUUUCUUGGCCUGUGCCCUCGCCUUCCUGUUCACACUACCCAUUAGCAUCAUAACAGCCACUACCAACCAGACACCAGGAUUGAACAUAAUAACAGAGUACAUAAUGGGUUAUAUCCUACCAGGAAAGCCCAUUGCCAAUGUGUGCUUCAAAGUGUAUGGAUACAUGAGCAUGAGCCAGGCUGUCUCCUUCCUUGCUGACUUCAAGCUCGGCCACUACAUGAAAAUCCCUCCUCGAUCCAUGUUCUUGGUUCAGUUCAUUGGCACUGUGAUCGCGGGCACAAUCAACCUUGGAGUGGCAUGGUGGCUGCUAGACUCAAUUGAGAACAUAUGCAACAAGGCAGCUCUCCCUAAAGGAAGCCCAUGGACCUGCCCUGGUGACCGUGUAUUCUUUGAUGCCUCUGUAAUUUGGGGACUAGUUGGUCCAAAGCGAAUCUUCGGUCCCUUGGGAGCUUACCCAGCACUAAACUGGUUCUUUCUCGGUGGUGCUCUCGGUCCAGUUCUUGUUUGGCUCCUUCACAAAGCUUUCCCUAGCCAAACAUGGAUACCUCUAAUAAAUCUUCCUGUUCUUCUUGGAGCUACUGCUUAUAUGCCAGCUGCAACUGCCUUAAACUACAAUGCUUGGGUGGCAGUUGGGACCGUAUUCAAUUUCUUCGUUUUCAGGUAUCGGAAAAGCUGGUGGCAAAGGUAUAACUAUGUGUUAUCGGCUGGAUUGGAUGCCGGGGUGGCGUUUAUGGGGGUUUUGCUCUACUUCUCAUUAAGCAUGGAGAAUAACAGCUUCAAUUGGUGGGGUACUGAUGGGGAGCAUUGUGAUUUCGCCGUUUGCCCUACGGCAAAGGGUGUCAUAGCCAAAGGCUGCCCUGUACUCUGAUGUUCCUUCUUUCUCCUCUCUUUAUUUCACAGUGAGCCCUCUCUCUUUAUAGGAUCAGGGAUGGGUUCUGAAUAUAUGUAGUUGAAAAAAUUGAUUCCAGGGGAAUAGUUUCCUUUGGUAGUUUCCCCUA